UUGAAAAUCUCCAUAGACAUUUCUCAUUCAUAAUUAGCCGUUAAUAAUCUUUCAAGUGGCACUCUGUUUGCUGUGUCUUAUUUCAUCUAUUUAUUCUCUUUGAAUUAAGCAUUGUAAAGCCUUUCUUGAGAUGUUCCUAGCACAAUAAAACUAAUUUCUGAAUGAGAAUUUUGAUCUUUUUUCUUGUUACUUUUUCCCUUGAAAUAGUAAUAGUAUAAACAAUAAUGUUCUCUUUUGCAGGUUUGACAGAUGAAAAAGUGAAGGCCUAUCUUUCUCUUCACCCCCAGGUACUGGAUGAAUUUGUUUUAGAGAGCGUUGGUGCUGAAACAGUGGAAAAAUGGCUACAAAGGAAACAAAAUAAAGAGCAAGAUGAUUCAGUUCCUAAGAAUGUCAGCAGGUACCACAAUCCUGAUAUGGAAUCAAUGGUGUACGACCUAAACAACCAUUUAGAGAAACGGACGGAUAUUGCAGGGAACAGUCAACUGCUCUUGUAUGAAUUGAGCGCCAUCAUUCAAACAGCUACGAAGGCUGAUGGGUUUGCAUUAUAUUUCCUGGGAGAAUGCAAUAAUAGUCUUUGCAUGUUCACACCACCAAAAGUGAAGGAUGGACAACCAGUACUUGUUCCUGUAGGACCAGUUAAAUAUGGCACCACAAUUUCUGCUCACGUAGCCAAAUCCAAGAAAACACUAUUAAUAGAAGAUAUUUUGGGGGAUGAACGAUUCCCCAAAGGAACUGGGCUUGAAUCAGGAACUCGUAUCAAGUCUGUACUUUGUUUGCCAAUUGUGACCGUGCUUGGAGAUUUAAUUGGUAUCCUGGAGCUUUAUCGAAAAUGGGGUAAUGAAACUUUCCAUCUCAGUCAUCAAGAGAUUGCAGCAGCAAACCUUUCAUGGGUCUCAGUAGCAAUGCAUCAAGUAGAGGUAUCCAAGGGUUUGGCCAAACAGACUGAGCUGAAUGACUUCCUGCUUGAUGUAUCAAAAACCUACUUUGAUAACAUAGUUGCAAUAGAUUCUCUACUUGAAAAUAUAAUGAUAUAUGCAAAAAACCUGGUGAAUGCAGAUCGCUGUGCACUCUUCCAGGUAGAUCAGAAGAACAAUGAGUUGUAUUCAGACUUGUUUGAUAUUGGAGAAGUACAUGAAGGGAAGCCUGUCUUCAGAAAGACCAAAGAAAUAAGAUUUUCUAUUGAAAAAGGAAUAGCUGGUCAGGUAGCAAGAACUGGUGAGGUCCUCAACAUACCCGAUGCCUAUGCAGAUCCACGUUUUAACAGGGAGGUAGAUCUCUACACAGGCUAUACAACAAGGAACAUUUUAUGCAUGCCUAUUGUGAGUAGAGGAAGUGUCAUAGGUGUCGUGCAGAUGGUGAAUAAACUAACUGGAAGUGCCUUUUCUAAAACCGAUGAGAACAACUUUAAAAUGUUUGCAGUCUUUUGUGCUUUGGCAUUACACUGUGCUAAUAUGUAUCACAGAAUUCACCAUUCAGAAUGUAUAUAUCGGGUAACAAUGGAGAAGCUUUCGUAUCACAGUGUUUGUACAGCAGAAGAGUGGAAAAAUCUAAUGGAUUGCAAACUCCCACCACAACUCUGCAGAGAUAUUGAACAAUUUCAUUUUGACAUUGGUCCUUAUGAAGAUUUUUGGCCAGCAAUUUUCAUCUAUAUGGUUCAUCAGAGUUGUGGAGCAGGCUGUUUUGAUAUGGAAAAACUAUGUCGUUUCACGAUGUCUGUAAAGAAGAACUACCGUCGAGUGCCCUAUCACAACUGGAAACACGCCAUCACAGUUGCACAUUGCAUGUAUGUUAUUCUUCAGCACAACCACAGGACUUUCACAGACUUAGAACGAAAAGGUCUUCUUGUCGCCUGUUUAUGUCAUGACCUGGAUCACAGGGGUUAUAGCAACAGCUAUCUUCAGAAAUUUGAUCAUCCAUUGGCAGCACUUUAUUCCACCUCAACCAUGGAACAGCAUCAUUUUUCUCAGACAGUGUCUAUACUGCAGCUGGAAGGCCACAAUAUUUUCUCUAAUUUGAAUUCCAAUGAGUAUGAACAGGUCUUGGAAAUUAUCCGCAAAGCCAUUAUUGCUACAGACCUUGCUCUGUACUUUGGAAACCGAAAACAACUGGAAGAGUUACAACAAACAAGAUCACUGAAUCUUAAAAACCAAGCACACAGGGAUCGCGUGAUUGGCUUGAUGAUGACAUCUUGUGACUUGUGUUCUGUGACAAAAUUAUGGCAUAUUACCAGACUGACAGCCAAUGAUAUAUACGCAGAGUUUUGGGCUGAGGGUGAUGAAAUGAAGAAGUUAGGUAUUCAACCUAUACCUAUGAUGGACAGAGAUAAAAAAGAUGAAGUUCCUCAGGGUCAGAUUGGGUUCUAUAAUGCUGUAGCUUUGCCCUGCUAUAGUACACUUGCACAGAUCCUUCCUCCCACAAUGCCACUCCAUCGAGCCUGCAGGGAAAAUCUCAAACAAUGGGAAAAGGUGAUACGAGGGGAAGAAGCUUAUGGAUGGAUACCCUCCCAAUCCAGUAAUUCUGACUCCUUCCCUGUGAAGAUUGUUGACUGAUCCACAUUUAAGGCUUUUUAUUCUACAAUUUUUAGCCUUUUAAAACUCUGCACAUACAAACUUUGGGAAGGCUGAGUGGAAAUUUCUUUUCCUCGGUGAUACAAUGUGAACACAAGAUUCAACUAUUCAAGCAAAAGUCGGCUUGUAAAUAUAAAAGACUGGCUUUUUAAUGGGCUAUUUUGGUGAGGCCUUAAUUUCAAAAUGAUUGGACUGGGAAGGCUAACCUAGGCUUGGUUUUAAAUUGUGUCUUUGUGGUAAGGAGGUUUCACUGGUACUUUUACAUACUAUUACACAAUACUGUGAUUGGCUUAAAUAAGCAGGUUCACCUUGGGAAGUC